UAAUUGUUUAAUGUGCUCAUACGCUGUGCCAUUUGCGCCUUAUUUGUAGCACUUAUCUUUAAUCGUUUUAAAGAACCUAACAGCAUUACCAUAUGUUAGGCACAAGAAACCGGCUGCUAUUUGUAUCGUCUUCAUUUCUCUGAUAACAAUUUUUCUUCUCAUUUUUUUGUUCGAAACUAAAAGAGUUCAAAGUUCUCUUUACAUUUAAAUUAAUUAAUAAACUUAACUUUGUUUCUGUUUAAUAGAUAAAACAGAACAUUCAAUUAUAAUUUUGGAAACCGGAAAUUUGAAAAUCAAGCAUGUUAAGUAUACGUCAAAAUUUGUUCAAAAAGGUUAACAAUUGGCAGCAAAUUCGUAAUUUAAAUCUAUUGGAAUUUCAAAGUAAAGAUUUAUUGCAAAAAUACAAUGUGGCCAUUCAGCAAUUCCAAAUAUUGGAUAGUUCAAACAAUGAUAAGACUGUUCUGGAGAAAUUUGAUUGCCCCGAAUACGUUGUAAAGGCCCAAAUACUAGCAGGUGGUCGUGGCAAGGGCGUGUUCGAUAACGGCUUUAAAGGAGGAGUGCAUAUAACUACCAGCAAAGAAGAAGUGCUGAAUUUAAGUAAAAAAAUGAUUGGGAAUCGUUUAAUCACAAAACAGACGCCCAAAUCGGGAAUUACAGUGAAAAAAGUGAUGGUAGCACGCAGCGUAAAUAUUAUCCGUGAAACUUAUUUAUGUAUAUUACUUGAUCGUGAACAUAACGGCCCAGUGUUGAUAGCUUCCCCUGCUGGUGGAGUUGAUAUAGAGACUGUCGCUGAAAAGACUCCCGAGAAAAUUAAAACUGUACCGCUUAAUAUUGAUCAGGCCAUACCAGAACAAACUCUUAUGGAAAUAGCAAAAUUCCUGGACUUUAAAGGAGCUGCGAUAAAAACCUGUGCUGCGGAAAUUCAAAAAUUAUAUACAUUGUUCAAGGCUGUGGAUGCAGUGCAAAUUGAAAUUAAUCCCCUUGCCGAAACUGAUAAAGGCGAAGUUAUAUCGAUAGACGCUAAACUCAACUUUGAUGACAAUGCCGAAUUUCGGCAAAAGGAUAUUUUUAGUAUGGACAUUAGUGAAGAAGAAUCCGAUCAUCGGGAAGUUGAAGCCACCAAGCAUAAUCUUAAUUAUGUUGGCAUGGAUGGUAAUAUUGGCUGCUUGGUUAAUGGAGCUGGUCUCGCCAUGGCCACAAUGGAAAGAACAAAAUUAAAUGGUGGAGAUCCAGCCAACCUCCUUGAUGUAGGAGGAGGGGUUAAAGAAGACCAAGUGUUAAAGGCUUUUCAAAUUUUAACGUCUGAUCCUAAAGUGAAAAGCAUACUGGUGAAUGUUUUUGGUGGCAUAGUAAACUGUGCUACCAUUGCUAAUGGUGUGGUGACAGCUUCAAGAGUUUUGAAUCUCAAUGUUCCGUUAGUAGUUCGCCUUGAAGGUACAAAUGUAACAGAGGCCCGUAAGAUACUGAAAGACUCUGGAUUAGCAAUACAGACGGCAAGCGACUUGGACGAUGCCGCUCAAAAAGCCGUUAGUGCUUUGCACUGAUCCGAUUAUAAGACUCAAAAUUCAAGGACUUUGGCUCUGCAUGGUUUUUCUCUUGCACAAAUUUUGCAUUUGUUUUGCGUUAUUUUAAAAUCUCUACCAUAAGCAUUAGUUAGAUAAUUAAAAUGAUAGUUUAAACCUAUUCUGCUCAUAUUUUUUGAGCAGAAAAGCCGCGGAAAAGUGUUCUUUACUACUGUAAUUUAUUACUUGGAACCGAUUUUUUAGGAAAUAAAAAAAUUUUUCAUGGAACAUUUUCAUUGUA